AUGGCUGCGUCCACCAUUUUUUCCGAGAUUUGUGACCAGUUCUUGCGUUGCAAACUAUGUGAGGGUGAUUUCAAUUCGCCUAAAUUGCUUCCGUGCUUGCAUUCGUUCUGUCGAAACUGUUUGGAUGGCUUGCUGAAAAGCGACAGCAACGAACGUUCGCUUAACUGUCCUGUGUGCAAACAGUACGUUUCAUUGUACGGUAAACAUGGCGUCGACGGUUUACGUGAUAACGAGUUCAUCGCCAGCCUCACCGAAACUAUGGGCAUGCUUCAGAAAAUCCGUAACCCAGUCAAUGCGAUUGUCUGCACUUGCUGUUCUGAUGGGAACGAAGCAAAAUCAUACUGCCCCGCCUGUGAUGAUUUUCUAUGCGACGAUUGCGUUGGGGCCCACGGCCGACUGAAGGUGUUCAAGAACCACGCCUCCGUGCUUUUAGAUGACAUCCGUUCCGGGAAAUGUACCGAAUGUCUUCUAAAGCACGAUAAAACACAGGUAUGCAAGGUCCACGAUGGCGAAGUGAUGAGAUUCUACUGUAAGACAUGCGAGAAGCAAAUAUGUCGUGACUGCACCGUUCUUGAUCACAAGGAACCCGACCAUCGCUACCAUCGGCUUUGCGAUGCCAUAUCUGAAUGUCGCGAGGCCCUAAAAAAGAAUCUGUCGGAAGUGAAGAUGAAAAUAUCCCUGGUGAACAAUUCUCUGAAAGCCGUUGCUAAAUCACAAAAUGAAAUCGCACAAGGAAAAGAGAAGACAAUAGAAAAAAUUCAUCUAGAAGCCGAAAAACGUGUUGACGAUAUAACGAAUAUGCGAAUCGCGCUGGAAGGUCAGGUCAACGCACUUUCGUCUAUAAAAGAACGCCAACUCAAUGAUUUGAAAGAUAUGCUUGAUCUCGAAUUGCUCAAACUGAACGGCAGUUUUGAAUUUACUGACAUUAUAUUGAAAAUGGGUAUCGAUCGCGAUAUUUUGGCAGGGAAAACACAAAUGGAGCGAAGAUUGAAAGAAUUGGCAGAGACUUGCGUAGAAGCCAACAUGGUUGUCGAUACGGCGGUUAAAUUUAUCGGUAGCUAUGCCACUCGUGCGACCGAUCCUUUAGGCAAAGUGGUCGAUGAAAGCGGUACCACGGUAACUGUCGACGGUCCUUUGAAAUCAAAUUCCGUUCAGUACUCCUGCCGACUAUUAUUUGAAUUUGGAAAACGAGGUUCUGGCCCAGGAGAGUUUUGCGACCCAGAAGGCGUGGCCGUUACCAAUGCGGGCGACAUAGUCGUAGCGGACAAAGGCAAUAGUCGUCUUCAAAUAUUUGAUUCGCUCGGAAAUUAUAAGUUUCAAUCACCCGCCCAUAUGUACAAAACUCCUACGGACGUGGCCGUAAACCCAGACAAUGAUUUUGUAGUCGUCGACUAUGGAUUACGAUGUAUUAGAAUCACAUCUCCCGACAAGUGUCACGUGACCAUCCGUAAAACGGACAGUUCCGACUCCCCUAAAAGCCCAGUCGAUGACGAUUUCUGGAACUACCUUCAUGGCAUUACGGUCGACCGUAUCGGUCACGUCGUCGUCUCGAGUUCUUGUCAUGAACAGUCCCACAUUCGCGUGUUCACCCCCUACGGCACAGAAAUCUGUCGCAUCGGCGAAAAAGAUAAGCUCGACCGUAUUUUCUACAUGUGCACCGAUUCCAGCAAUGAAAAUAUAUUGGUGUCCAACCACGGAAAACGCCCUCUACGUAAGUAUGACAUCAGAGGCCGCGAAAUAUGGUCAACAAAUCUUCCGGGUCAUUUUAUAACUGGAAUUUGCUGUGAUGACUUGGAUAACAUGCUGACAGUGAGUUAUCGGACAGGACAGAUAUUACUGGUUCACAAAGACGGAACCCCCGGAGGUAUUCUCGCGGAAGGGCUGAGUCAUCCGGAAGGCAUUGCCUUUACCAAAGACAAGAAGUUGGUCGUAGUGGAUGGAGGCCACAAUCGCGUUAAAGUCUACCAGUAUCGACGAACUGGAAGUAAUGCCUAA